AUGGCAGAAUAUGCUGAAGCAGAGUCUCCUGCGGACAAUCACAUGGAGGCGGAUCCUAAUUUGUUCGAAGAUGACACAUUUGAGGAGACCUUCGAAAGGCCAAAAAAACCUAAACGUUUAAAUAAGUUGAAAAAACAUGAUUCUUAUAAAAGGAAAAGAUUAAACGUCUCGGCAUUUUUGGAUACAGAGGCCCAGGUUGGCGAAGAAGAUGACGAGAAUUAUGAGGAUGAUUCGCUUCUCCCUGAUGAAUCGACUGAAGCGGAACGCUUGGAGAAUAGAAGUAGAUUAAGGCGGCUUCAAGAGGACCAAUCUCAGAGACGUGAAGGACGUAGAGUUGGUGGAACGGGAUAUUUAGAAACUGCCAUCGAUAAACUAGCUAAAAGAUACCAGGAUCAGACGUUUGAAGAGGAUGAAGAUGGGUAUAUCUCUGAAACUCCAGAGAGAGUUCAGUAUGAUGAAAUAGAAGAAACAACAGCAUUGAUGCCAGAUUUUGGAGAUCCCAAAUUAUGGAUUAUAAAAACCACACGUAGAGGUUCAGACAGAGUUCUAGCUAUAUCUUUGCUAAACAAAUUUUUAAAGAUGCAGUCUGAGGGCCGUAAUAUGGGUAUAUACUCGUGUUUUGUGCCAGACGGGGUAUCGGGAUAUAUUUACGUUGAAGCCGAUACAAAAGCUGUUGUUUUGGAAGCUUUGGCUGAAUUUAGGCAAAUUAAUCUCAACACUAUUAAAAUUGUUCCUAUGAAUGAGAUGCUCAAUGUGUUCACAACAGGUACAGAUUCCGUUUAUAUUCCUAUGGUUGAUGAAUACGUACGUGUAAAAUUUGGAAGAUACGGUGGUGAUUUGGGCCAAGUGUUUGAAUCUGAUGAACUGAGUUCAGCGAUAACAAUAAAGCUUAUACCCAGACUUGAUCCGGAAGUAUACAACUUGCGUUCUUUGGAUGGAGAUCGUUUAGAUGCAGAUAACAUAAAUGACUUUGAUGCGUAUAAAGUUGGUAAAGACACAAAGCUUCGCAAAAAUAGGAAACCUCCAAGAAAGUUUUUCGACAGAGAAAGUGUGGAGUUAAAUGGUGGUUUUAUAGAGCAGGGUAUUACACCUGGAACGUACAAAUAUCAAGGAUUUACAUUUUUGGAGAGUGGUCAUAUCCUAAUUAGAAUGAAUGUAAAACGUGUUAUAACUGGUGACUCGGUAAAUGCAACACUUACGGAAUUAAAGGAGUUCAAUAUUGACAAGAUAGACGGAAACAUAUCUGAGACCGUUGGAAUGGGCAUUUCCAGAGCUCCAAAGAAACUUCUCCAUUAUUACAAAUUGGGAGAGUGUGUAAGAGUUAUAAAGGGCGAAUUAGUUAGUAUCAUUGGUAAAAUAAUAUCAAUAGAUAAUGAAGAAGUGGAAAUACAGCCUAAGAAUGAUGAAGUUCCAGCGUUCAAGAUACAUUACACCUCAAUUAUAAAACACUUUGAAGAAGGUGAUAAUGUUAGAGCCAUAGGUGGUAUGAAUGAAGGCGAGACUGGCCUCAUCUCUAUGAUAAACGAGGCAAACAAAAUUGCAGUUAUUUUUUCUCCACAGUCUGGUCAGGAAUUCAAAUGCGGUCUUGAAUAUUUGACUUGUAUUCCAAAGGAAGGUGCUAGUUCUAAUGCACUAGGAGCAUUUAAUGGCUAUUCAAUAAACGAUCUUGUACAAACAAGCACCGGUACAGUUGGAAUUGUGAUUGGAAUAGAUCGAUCUGGAAUGUUUUCAAUAUUGACCGAGGAUGGGACAAAAAUAAAAUGCACUGCUUCUCAGGUUAUUUGUAAGAGAAGUUCAUUUGGAAAUACCUGUAAAGAUUUUAACCACCAGCCUAUUGAGUUGAAAAGUAGAGUAAUGGUUGUUAGAGGUGCCUAUAGGCAUAAGAGUGGUCAAGUGCUACACCUUUGGAAAAAUACCGUAUUUUUGUUCCUUGAGUCCGGAGAAACUAUAUCGGUUCACUCAGAGUCUUGCUUGGCUACUACACAUUCAGCACCAAUAUACAACAAUAGGGAAAAAAUAGCGGGAAAGAAGGGUGCUGUUUUCAGGAAAUCACCUCUUGUGGGUAAAACAGUUAAGAUAUUACAAGGCAGACAUAAAGGUCUUUUUGGAGAUAUAACUAAUGUAGAGCCCACUCAGUUUACAAUACUUUUAAAAAUAAAGGCAAAAGUGGUGAGAUACCCAAAGGGAGACUGCGUGGUUGUAGAUAAUUGGCAUACAACAAUGAGAGAACAAUCGAGAAGUUUCUCUUCCUUGAAACCUUCAAUCACAAAACGAAGUGCUGAUACAUUUAAAAACCAAAUUACGACGUCUGAGACACCACAGACUGCAGAUUUACUGCAUGGAAAUAAUGAACUUCCAGCCUGGGCGUUGCGUGGUGUUUGUAUUCAGGUAAUUGGAAGUGGCACAUACCAGGGCAAAAUUGGUGUUGUUGGUGAAGUUGUUCCAAAAAUGGCUGACACUAGUUUGCAUGUGCUUCAUGUACUCAUAGACGAUGACUAUAUUGCUAUCGCUACCGAAUCAGUUGUACCAGUUCGACCUAAAGCACCAGGUGAGACUGUUUUGGUAUUAAUGAGAUCGGAGGAUAAAAUCGCAACCGUAAUAAGGGUGGAUGAUCAAAUAGCCACAGUACAGACUCUGAGCGGACAUAUACUGGAUCUUCAAACUAAUGAUUUGGUAGUUUACAGCGAGUAUUCGUAG